CAUCAGAGUUUCUUUUUACCUUUCAGAAAACAAGGCAGUACUUGAAGACUUGACAAAUGUAUCCCAGGUUGAAAAACUGCUGCAUUCCUCCUCCUCUUCCUCCUUUAGAAAACUGACUUCUUAAAAGAGGUAAGAGAAAAGCAAAAGUAGUAAGAAAAUGCUGGGAUCAGAACGAGGUGUUGUGGAAGAAUGGCUGUCAGAAUUCAAGGUGUUACCUGAAACACAAAUUUCCAGCUAUGCAGCUACAUUGCACCGAAAAAAAACACUGGUACCAGCUCUUUAUAAGGUCAUUCAAGACCCAAAUAAUGAGCUCCUGGAGCCUGUUUGUCACCAGCUGUUUGAACUGUACCGUAGUUCUGAAGUUCGGCUCAAGAGAUUCACACUGCAGUUCUUGCCAGAAUUGAUCUGGGUAUAUCUGCGUCUUACUGCCAGCAGGGAUAGGCAGAGUAAUGGUUGCAUUGAAGCACUGCUGCUUGGCAUUUACAACUUGGAAAUUGCUGACAAAGAUGGAAACAACAAAGUUUUAUCUUUCACCAUCCCUUCAUUAUCUAAACCUUCAAUAUAUCAUGAGCCCUCUACUAUUGGAUCCAUGGCUUUAACUGAAGGAGCUCUAUGUCAGCAUGAUCUCAUCAGGGUAGUUUACAGUGAUCUUCAUCCUCAAAGAGAAACCUUCACAGCACAGAAUCGGUUUGAGGUGCUGAGCUUUCUUAUGCUGUGCUACAAUUCUGCUAUUGUAUAUAUGCCUGCCUCUUCUUACCAGUCGCUCUGUAGGAUGGGUUCCAGGCUGUGUGUGAGUGGAUUUCCACGGCAGCAUGAGAAAUGCUGGAAAGAACACUGUAGUAGAGUGGUGUUAGACCCUGACUUCAUGGUGCAGCUGCUCACAGGUGUUUAUUAUGCCAUAUAUAAUGGUCAGUGGGAUCUUGGCCAGGAGGUACUGGAGGACAUAAUUUACAGAGCACAGCUUGAACUCUACUCACAGCCUCUGCUGGUUGCAAAUGCCAUGAAGAACUCACUGCCCUUUGAUGCUCCUGACGCAUCUCAGGAAGGCCAGAAAGUACUGAAAGUAGAAGUUACUCCAACAGUGCCGAGGAUUUCUCGGACUGCUAUUACAACAGCUUCUAUCCGUCGUCAUCGCUGGAGAAGAGAAGGCAUUAAACUGCGGAAGGACAAGGCUCAGCCAUCAGUCAGUGUGAAGAAAUUUGUGAAGAAGCUUGAGAAUAUCUCAGAUGAUGAACCUCAGGAGAUCCUAGAAGAGAAGGACUAUGUUGCUGCUCUUGGAAUAUGUGCCCAAGAUCCAGUAGGAAAUGGCUCAAAUGUAAGUGGUGGUGAGGUUUAUUCCUUCAAGACUCCCAAACGCUCCAGCAGAUUGGCAGAGCUGGCCUCUGAAUUAGCCCAGACACCGGGACAGAGUGUUGCACCUGAUCACUCCAAGUGCCCUGAUAAGACAGCCAAAGCCCCUCAAAACACCCAACGCUCAAGCAGAGUGCAGCAGAGGAAUAAAAAGAAAGAAUUUGUGUCUACCACACCUUAUAGACUCAGGAAGAGGCUAACAGCUCCAGUUCCCUAUUUAGAAAGUGAGAGUGAAUAUUCUUCUUCCUGCUCAGAGGAGGAGGAUGAAGAAGACCAAAAAGAAGACAACACUGUUUCAUCAGGUCAAAAGACCCCAGAAAAAAUGAAGGCAGCAUCUACGCCUCCUCCCAGCAACACCCUAGCCAAAAAAAAUAAGGAGAACAAGAUGAGCAACCUGGUGGAGGAAUACUUUGAAGCUCACAGUAGUUCCAAAGUGCUCACUUCAGACCGAACGCUGCAGAAGUUGCGGAGAAGAAAAUUGAGUCAGCAAACACUGCAUGACCUUUUGAAGAAAGCUCCCCUUGCCUAUGCUGCUGAAAUCGAAGAGCUAAACCAGCUACAUGAAUCCCUGUUUUCCAAGUGGAUGCUGCAAUUACACUUGGGUUUCAAUAUUGUGCUUUAUGGACUGGGCUCCAAGCGUGAUUUGUUAGAGAAGUUUCGUACCUCCCUGCUCCAGGAUUCUGUUCACCUUGUGGUUAAUGGAUACUUUCCCAGCAUCACUGUGAGAUCUAUUCUCAACUCCAUCACAGAGGAGGUACUGGACCAUACAGGGACAUUCCGCAGCCCCCUUGACCAACUUGACUUCAUCAUUGAAAGGUUUAAAGAAGAUUCAUCUUUAGAGCUCUAUGUCCUCAUUCAUAACCUGGACAGCCAGAUGUUGAGAGGAGAAAGAAGUCAGCAGAUCCUUGCACAGUUAUCCUCUUUGCCUAGCAUUUACCUCAUGGCCUCUGUUGAUCACAUCAAUGCUCCUCUCAUGUGGGAUCAGGCAAAACUAAGCCUCUACAACUGGCUUUGGUAUGAGACAACAACAUUUAGUCCAUAUGUGGAAGAAACAUCUUAUGAGAACUCUCUUUUAGUACAGCAAUCUGGAUCUUUGGCUUUGAGCUCCUUAACACAUGUCCUGCGCAGUCUCACUCUCAAUGCCAGGGGGAUAUUCAGAUUGCUUGCUCAGUACCAGCUGGAGAACAAAGACAACCCAUCUUAUCCAGGACUGUCUUUCCAAGACUUCUAUCAGCAGUGUCGGGAGGCUUUCCUUGUGAACAGUGACCUGACACUCAGGGCACAGCUGACAGAAUUCAGGGACCACAAACUCAUCCGGACCAAGCGGGGAGCUGAUGGUGUGGAAUACUUACUUAUUCCUGUAGAUGACAGUACCUUGACUGACUUCUUGGAGAAAGAGGAUGAAGAUGUGUAAUGUCUCUCUGUUCUCAAAGCAUCUAUGGCAAUUGCUCUCGAGGGCUGCUGGAGAGGGGCCUAUGCUCAGAUCUCUCUCCCUCCAACCCCAAGGCUGCUGGGCUACUUACUGAAAUGUAAUAAUUGUAAUGAAUGAUGCUCAUUGUUAUACUACUUCAGGUAGUUUGAAAUGUUGACUUUUGUAAGCAAGGCAUCUCUUGCUCUGUAGUUAGAUUUGUCUGGGUUGUCUCUUAGUUCAGAUGAUGCCUUCUUCAUAUCUAUGCAGCCACCCUUACAGCCAGAAAAACAAACUUGGUAAGAUUGUGCCUUCUGCUCUUACCUCACCAGCCAUGAGGAUUUGAUUGGAGCAGUUUACUUGGGAAGUGCAAAUCUCUAGAAGGUCAGAGCUUUAGUUUGUAACAGUGGUGCAACUUUUCUCAACUGAGUGCUUUCCAGUACUCCUUUACCAGUUGGAUAAGACUAGUUUCCAGUGUAUGAAGAAGCCAAGAUUUAUAAUGCUAAGAGAUCCUGCCUUGAUUGCAUGAGAGACUAGUGGGAUUGGGACACACUGUGAGUAACUUACUGAAUUCUGGCAACAGAACUGAAGGACUUGCCCCAAACCCAAGAUAGUCAAAACUGUCAUGGACUUGAGUCAUUGCCUCUUGGGGAGGGUGAGAGGAUCCAGCUUCUUUCGUCUGCUUUCCAAGUUUAAAUCCAGGAAUAGGAAGAGGCUAUGAAGUUUUUCUGUUGAUUUUUUUUUAAAAAGCUUGAUUGUAUAUAUAUAUUUUUUUUUAUAUCAGGAGAGUCUUCUGAUCCUGGAGGAGGCCUUAAGUGCCACUUAUAAACUCCCUUUUUUUAAGCCCUCAGAGGCUGGGAGACUGCUGAAGUUUGACAGCUUUCCUUCGCUUUUUUUCUCAGGUAUGUGGGAGUAAGCCCUAUAGUUCCAUCAGCUGAAGUCUGCCAGCCAGACUUCAGGGACUUUGUAUGUCUCAUAUUUGGUAGCUGUGUUACAGCUCAGUGUUGUAAUAGUUCAAUCAAAUAAAGUACUUUACUAAUUUUCCUUAGCUUGUCUUGUCUUCCACAAUCUUUUUAUGUUAUAGGAAGACAGCAAUACUUGUAGCAGUUGUGUGAAAGCCUUAUUUGCAUUAUUAUGUCAAAUACCUCUUCCAAUCCUUAUGCAGAAUUCAAGCCAAUCAGUAAAAAUUUUUGGUUUUUAUAAGGUAUCAAAAUUAAAAGUAAUUUAAUUACCUUUUAAAACCAGUAUAUAGCUUUUGAAAAGAACCAAAACGUGUGUUCUAUGAUUCUAUCAUAUGGAGUAACAUUGUUAUCUGGUCUACCCCUCACCGACAGAAGCAACAGGUUUUACAGCCUGACUUUUGCGUGUAUUGAAAACAGGGUAUCUCCUUAUCCGACUGAAAAUUUGAUUCUUCAAACAUAUGACCUAAUUAGCUUUGUUGGAGAGUCUGAUGGCGAAAACUGGCACAUGCCAGCAGUACUAUCUGGCUUCCUCCCCUAGAGCAUUUUCCAAUGGAUGUUCUCUUCUGGUCGCACUUGCAUUUGCAUUUUACAGGCUGCAAUUCCAAAACUUUGCAAAAUGCAUCAGAUCCUGCCUGUCACUACAUACGCCACCAUCAGAAUCACUACAACUGGGAUCAAAACACGUCUUACCUGAUGUCUGAGACUAAAUGUACAGUUCAAGAACAAGAACUCUGCCACUUGAAGAGAUGUGUUCUUGGGGAGGGGGGACAGGGACACAACGGGGAAACC